AUGUCGCGAACUACUCGGUCGCCAACGCCGGCGCAGGAUCGACCAGACGGUCAAGACACCCAGUCGGAGACUGCCAGGGCAAACACAAGUAACAGCACACAAAGCAACCAGACUGAGCCGCCAAGGCCGAGAGUUCAACGCAGACAGGGCCUUCGGAGAGGCGCCGCAGCCUGCGAGCGCUGUCGAAGGCGAAAGCAGAAAUGCAACGGUGAACUUCCGAACUGCGGAUCCUGCGUAGCAGCAGGCGCAGACUGUGUCCCCUCAGAGCGCCUUGUAGUCAAGCCGAAUUGUGACUGCGCCGAGCUCCGCAACCAGGUUUCAGAGCUUGAGGCCCAGAUUGAGUACCUGCGAUCGCGAUCUGGUAGCGACCAUGGCCGCUCUCCGUUCGUCGCUCACUCUGCGUUGCUCCAGGGAUCGCCAUACCGUGCCGGAGUUGAUCCUGAACUAGCUCCGCGAACCACGCCCAAAGAAAAAAUCUCAAAUCCCUACCGCGGCCGGAUUCUCCGGCCGACAUUCUCUGCCGUGAGGGGCGACCGCAUUGCCUCAUUCUCGGCCGUCUUGAGCAGCCCAUGGCGGCUCUGGAGCGACGAUGCAAUUGUACCUGAGGCUGAUGAUAUUGACCCCUCUGUGGCCACUUCUGGAGCACUACCCAUUGACGCCUUCGAUCUGGCGACCCACGGUGAGGGCUUGCUGGAAACCUUCUUCCACAAUCGCUGGCCGCAGCUCCCAAUCCUCCACCGGAAUAUCUUUUACACCCAACAUUACAUCCCGCUCUGCGGUGGCACCGCUACGAGUCCGCUAUCCUCAUUUCAAGUAUAUAUGUGCCUAGCCGUAGCAGCGGCCGAAACAACCCCAGCUAGUCAACCACGAUUUUCCCACAACGACUUCUUCCGUCACGCGGUCCGUGACAUCAACGCCGUGCUGGGGGCCAACGACCUCGACUGCUUGCAGUGCCUGCUCCUCAUGUGUAUGUACGGAAGCAGUGAACCACAGCACGUGAAUAUGUGGUACACGGUGGGCCUGACCCUACGGAUCGCCGUCGGCAUCGACCUGCACCGUCAAGAAUCAAUUGCGAUGCAGGGCUUGUUGCAGGCUGAGAUGGCGAAGAGGAUAUUUUGGAGCGUCUACGUUAUGGAUCGAAGUAUAUCCAUAGCCAUGGGACGGCCUCUUGGGCUCAAGGACUGUGAUAUAUCCAUUGAGCAACCUCUGCAGCUUACCGACGACCAGCUACAGGAAGCCACCGACGUUAGUAUGGCUACACCGCUUCGCAUGUCGGAUCCCGUGGACACAUCGACCUUCUUGCACGUUAUCAAGCUGCGCCGCAUUAAUGCUGACAUUUAUACUGCAUUUCAUUCCCCUGGCAAGGCCAACACGAAUAAUGUCAUUGCAGACCCAGCACGUCAGCAGUAUUAUGUUAAGCUAAACGAGUGGCUUAGCAACGCCCCACGCUAUCCUCCCAAGGUCUCUAUGCUACAGACGUCCGAGUGGUUCCAAAUAGCAUAUCACCAGGCCGUCUUGUCCUUAUAUCGACCAUCGCAGGCAAUGCCUGUUUGCUCUACCGAUGGGCUACGCCUUUGUGUGGAUAGCUCGAUCAGCCUGAUCAACGCCUAUGGGGCUCUCUUUGCCAAGAACCGUGUUACGUAUACCUUUCUCGCCCUCAACAGCCUAUUUAUGGCUGCUGUUACCCUUCUACACUCUCUUCGAGUAUCUUCGACCAUGCGUCUCGAGCUGAGCCGGCUCGUUGCCGUGGCAAAUAUCCAAACUUGUGUGUCCCUUCUGAGAGGCGUUGCAGGUGUACGGCCUGUCGGAGAACGCUGCGCUCAGCUCAUUGAAAGACUAGGCAAAGAGGCAUUACAAGUGUUUGACGUGGAUGGUGGAGAAGCAGAGACUUUAGAAAACCACCAUGUCGACACAGAGCUCCUUUCGUGGUUUGGCGUUACAUCCUUUCCGGGACUUAGGCACGAGAUACUCUCAUCCUCAGCACCUGCAUGCUUAGAAGAUCCAACACCGAGUCUAGACCCUGUGUGGAAUGACUUGCUAGCUCAUGGGUUUGGUAUCAACGGCACUGAUAUCUUGGAUACGUUUCUUUAA